AUGGAUGAGCUGCUGCACAAACUUAACAAAUGGCACAUUUUGAAAGAACAGCAUGCGGCUCUUGUAUACAACAGGCGUAAAGAGAAGGUUGUAAAAAUGAUCAAAGAGAUCAAAGCAACAAGAAACAUAGAGAUGCUUCUUGAUUUGCUGAAGAGCGAUGCAGAUAAAUGUGAAGACCUACAAGAAUUUCUCUGCCGUGAAUUUAGAAGAGCCAUUCGGCUCAAUAACCCAGACAGAGUCAGUUCAAUAAUUGAAUGUUUUGUAAUAGUUGGGUUUGGUCAAGAAGACUUGAGAGAAAGUUUAAGGCAUGCACUUAUUGAGCAUCUUGAUGAUUUGUGUUCGAAGAUUGUAGAAAGGAACGUUUGUGCAAAUAUUGAAGUGUUUGAGAAGCUCAACAAGUACGACAUGUGUGAUGGAAUGGUGAUAAGCAAGUAUAUCAAGCAGAAGAUUGACGUGGAGAUAGCAGCUUACAUGGAUAUUCGAUUGUUGGAUAUGCCUGCAAAAGUCGAUAGAUGGCUGAACGAGAUGAAAGUUAUCAGUAAUUACAAGCCUGAGGUAAUUGAAUUGUACAGAGAGAUGGAGAUUAGAUAUUUAUUGAUGAGCCUUGAAGUUAUUGUAGGUAAAAACACUGAUAUGUAUACGGCGGAAGAUGUGGAGUAUCUAAUUAAAAAGAUAGUCAAGCGAAGCAUAACCAUGGGUGUUGAUAUUAAGGAAGAUAUUGACAGGUUAAUAAGAGCAUCUGGGAUCGGACUUGAUGAGGAGAUAAUUAAGACAAUAAAAAAGAUUUUGGAUAAUGCAGAAGAAUGA